AUGGAGUCUUUCUUCCCCAGGAGGCUCUCCAGCUACCAGAAACUGGAGUACGGUGGAGAAGAGUCACAAGAUGAAGGAGGUGUUGGCCAUUUUGAUGGUGGUUUCAUUGGAAGGCCAACAGGUAGGAGCAACUUGUUCAGGUUCAGAAGGGUGCAAUGGAGGCGGAGGAGAAGGAGAUCACCAUCAUCACCAGGCUUCAUGAGGGUCAAAGUUUCGAGCUUGAUUAGGAGGAAGAGAGUGGUGAUGAGGAUGGUUAGAGCUUCCAUCAGGAAAGUGCUGAAGAGGUUGAAAGAAGGCCAUGCUCAUUUUGGUGAUCUCUUUGCUGGGAACUAUCUCUUCCUGCAGAUCAAUCCCACUUCUUUGAAGUCCUUGCAGAAAAGUUACAAUAGUACUCCUCCUGGUUUUCACUUUAGCCCCAGGAUUCCUCAAUCAUGA